AUGUUUCAAAUAGGAAAAAAUGCAUUAACCAAGAAACUGUAUGUGGGCAAGAACUUCCUCAUCAAGGGAAUCUCCUCAUCGGCAUCAUCUCAUUCAAGUUUAAGGAAGCUAGAAGGCAAAGUAGCCCUCAUCACAGGAGGAGCAAGUGGAAUUGGCAAAGCAACAGCAGAGAAUUUCAUCAGCCAUGGAGCCAAAGUUAUCAUUGCCGAUAUCCAACCGCAGCUCGGUCAAGAAACCGCACAAGAACUCGGCCCAAACGCUGCUUAUUUCCCCUGUGAUGUGACCAAAGAAUCAGACAUUGCCAACGCAGUUGAUUUCUCUGUCUCCCUACACACAAAGCUUGACAUUAUGUACAACAAUGCCGGCAUACCCUGCAAAACGCCUCCUAGCAUCAUCAAUCUUGAUCUCAACGUUUUCGACAAGGUGAUCAACACAAAUGUCCGUGGAGUCAUCACCGGAAUCAAACACGCCGCUCGUGUUAUGAUCCCAAGAAACUCCGGUUCCAUCAUCUGUGCAGGGAGUGUCACAGGGAUGAUGGGAGGUUUAGCACAACACACAUACAGCGUCUCGAAAUCAGCGGUUAUCGGAAUCGUGAGAUCAACAGCUUCAGAGCUAUGCAAGCACAGGAUCAGAGUCAACUGCAUUUCUCCUUUCGCAAUCACAACAUCAUUUGUGUUAGAUGAGAUGCGGCAGAUUUACCCUAACGUCGACGACUCGAAGCUGAUCAAUCUAGUGCAGAGCACGGGAGUGUUAAACGGAGAGGUUUGUGAACCGAUCGAUGUAGCGAACGCAGCGGUUUACUUAGCUUCCGAUGAUUCAAAGUAUGUGAAUGGACAUAACCUGGUCGUAGAUGGAGGAUUCACAAGUGUUAAGACUUUAGAUUUCCCUUCACCUGAUCAAAUAGAUUCAUAA